AUGGCAGACUCGGAGCCCAGCCUUGUGGCCCUGGCCCUCGGAAACGCCGCCUAUGCCUUCUCCAAGGUGCAGCCGCUCUUGCCAGUCUACCUCCACAUGAUCCUCGCGUCUCUGUUCCCCAUCUACGCCGCAUCCCACGCAUCCCUCACCCGGCCCUCGACCGCUGCGAAACCCACCAAGAAAGGAAAGAAAAAGACACGGCGCGAGGGCGACGACGAAGACACGGACAGCGAAGAUGAGGCAGAAGAACCCACGCACGAAAUGGAAGGUCUCACCAACAAGGACAUCAUCCUCUUCCCCCUCUUCGCCGGAAUAGCCCUGGCAACACUGUACUUCCUCAUCAAAUGGCUCGAAGACCCCACCGUCCUGAACCAAGCCCUCAACGCCUACUUCGCCAUCUUCGGCGUCGCAGCAGUAACAACGCUAGUAUCAGACGUCCUCGACAUCGGCCACUCCAUCAUCUUCCCACGUCGACACGCCCUCGCCGGCGCUCUCUACCACGUCCACGCCAGCAACGCCCUCGCCGUACCAGUCGCCGGCACCACCAGCGCCAGCCAAACUCUUUCAACCCCCUUACCCGGCUUCCUCGCACGCAUACCACUGUCGCAAGCCGCAGAAGAAUGGCUCUGGGCCGACCGCGCAAUGCCGAGUCGCAAGUGGACGCUCAAACUGCACACACACGGCGCCCUCUUCGGGAAGCUCAGAAUCAGCGCGCACACCAUGGUCGGUGCUGCCGUUGCACUCUCUACCAUCCUCUACUUCAACCUCGUGGAUAAACCAUGGUAUCUGACCAAUCUACUCGGCUUCAGCUUCUGCUACGGGUCUCUGCAGAUGAUCUCUCCCACGACCUUCUUCACGGGCAGCGCGAUUUUGGUCGGGCUCUUCUUUUACGACAUCUACAUGGUUUUCUUCACCCCGCUCAUGGUUACUGUCGCGACGAAGCUCGAUGUACCUAUCAAACUCAUGUUUCCUAAACCCGGAGGGAGGAACACGGCUGCUAUGCUUGGGCUAGGCGAUAUCGUCAUACCAGGCUUGAUGGUGGGGCUGGCGCUAAGGUUCGAUUUGUACCUGUUCUAUCUGAGGAGACAGAAGCGCGUGUCAGCAAAGACUGGUGAGAGUGGGGGAGACGAAGAAACUGUUAUCAAGGCGGAAUACUACCCUCUUGCGGGUCGGUGGAGUGAUCACUUCUGGACGCAUUCGUUCAUGGGGAGGCCGCUGUGGAGUUCUACUUCUCCCACCGGUGCUGCUUCGAGGACGCAACAAGGCGGAGAGGAGAACGAAGAGGCGCCAUUCACCUUUCCCAAAGUUUACUUCAAUGCUGCGCUGGUAGGUUAUGUUGGCGGUUUGGUUGCUACGUUAUGCGCACUCCAUCUUAUGAAUCAUGCGCAGCCGGCGCUACUUUGGCUAGUGCCUGGUGUGUUGAUUAGUCUUUGGAGUACGGCGCUUGUGAGGGGCGAGUUGGGGCUGAUGUGGAAUUACAGUGAGGAAAUCGUUGAAGAAGAGGGAGACGCAGAUGGGAAGGGGGAGAAGAAGAGAACGCAGCAAGGCAGUACGAGCGGCGACAAGCAUGACAGGAAGGAUGAGAAGGCCGAGAAAGCGAAGACCAAGUCGCGCAGGUCGGAUCGAGAGCUGCUCUCGUUUUCUAUCGAGGCGCCGCGGAAACCUCGUCGGACUGCAUCGAUUGAGAGUGAUGAUGUCGAGGUGGAGCGGAGCGGCACUGUUACGACUGCGCAGUCUGUUGGUAAUGGAACGUUUUGGGCGGGGUCAACUUCCAACACGACGGCUCGUCAAGAGGUAGAUACGGAGCCUGCUGGAAAACGUCUAAGGGUGAGAUAG